AUGACAAAAUCACUCCUCUCCGCUCUCGUUCUCGCUCUCCUCCUCCCGCAAGGCCUCCUCCCGUCUCCUUGCACGGUGAACGAGCCUGUCCAAAAACCCCGUAAGGUUGUCAGCGGCGCCACCGCCGUCAGUGUGCUGUUGCCAGAGGGUCUGGCGCCAUGCCUAUCUCGUGCAAGUCCACGAAAAGAAGUGCGAGGUCUGGAUCCUAGCGAUGAAGCGCUCCCAGUAAAUUCCAAUAGCAAGGGAGAGAUUCUCCCGCGUAGCCGCUUCGCCCGUGACGGGAGAAACUGCGAAGCAAGGCCUGGAGAUCUACCACACAACGGCAGCGGAAUUGAGGAAGAGAUUCGCCGAGGGGAAGCCGGGGCGGAGGAGGAUGCCCAGGCUAAAGAGGAACAAGACGGCGACCUAGAUCCUGAGGGUGUAAAGCUGACGGAGGACAUGGCCAGGAAAAUUCUGUCGGGCGAGGGCCUCAAGCACAAGCGCCGGCUGCACAAGAGACUCCACGGGUUCAUCAACGCCCUGGCGGGUAUCGGAACCAAGGAGACCCUCAGCGCAGCCAAGCUAUCGCUAACGGUCCGAUUAACCAGGACAGAUGAGGAUAUCACUGUCUGCGAGAAGGUGAUGCUGGCCGAACUAGUAGAGUUGGGUCGGAUUUCCGAGGAAGACGUUACCAAGUUCCAUGAGAAAGCCGACCGCUCACCCAAGACUGUCGAACAAAUCUGCAAGUCGUGUAUUCCAUGCGCGAGAACCAAGCCGUCACGUCGACUUCGUCAAGGUCUGCUUAAGCCCCUGUCCGUACCACACGCGCCAUGGCGGGACAUCUCGAUUGACUACGUCACCCCGCUGCCCAAAUGCCUACACCUGGGUCAGGAGUUCAAGCACGUCGCCGUCGUUGUCGAUAGACUGACUAAAAUGCGCCACUUCAUCCCCACUGUCACAAUGGAACCCGAGGAGUUGGCAGACCGCUUCAUCGAGCGCGUGUUCUCCCUCCACGGCCUGCCCGACACGGUUCUUUCCGACCGUGGCUCCCAGUUCAUAUCACGGCUUUGGUCGACUCUCUGCCAACGACUGGGUAUCGUUAGACGACUGACGUCUGCCUUCCACCCGCAGUCGAAUGCGCAGACGGAGCGUAUCAACGUAAGAAUGGAAAAAUUCCUGCGACUCUUCAUCAACUGGGCACAGAUUAAUUGGGCUCGCUGGCUGCCAAUUGCCGAAUUCGCCGGCAAUAACAUGAAGUCAGAAACUACCGGCCAGACACCUUUCUUCGCGAACUACGCUUUCCACCCUCGCAUGGGCAUCGAACCCGCUACGCCGUGCCAGCCAAACCUGUCCCCCCAACAGCAACAGGAAUAUUUCAAAGGCACCGAGCUGGCGACACGUUUCAAGGCCGUGUGGGACUCAGUUGUUAUGAUGUCUCGACAAACACAAGACCGCUACAAGAACAACGCGAACAUGAAGCGACAGGACGCGCCGAGAUACAAGGUGGGUUACCGGGUCAUGCUCGACACAACCAACCUCGUUGAUGGCCGACCUCACAAGAAGUACUCCGCGGGCUCUGAAGGGCCCUUCGACAUACUCUGGGCCGACACUCACAACGUCAAGCUGAAGCUGAGGACCCCAGUUCGUCUUCUUAUCAAGGUGCCCCGCGGUUUACCUUGCACCAGUCCAGCCCUCUAUAUCCUUCGUUGCGCUCCACGAUUAUUCGGAAGAACCGCACGAAUGAAUAGCACGAUCGCUGAAGCCAACCGAGCACAUCUCUCCUAUAUACUUCAACAGCCUCUCAUCAGCCACCACUGCCACGCGCAGCGCGCUAGAUACGACCUCUACGACCCAUCCUCACUCCAUUCUCAGCCACCUCGCAGACUCACCUCAAACCCUUCAACCCUUCAACCCUUACAACGCUCGCCGCCAUCGCACCCCUCACAACCAGACCCCCAGGCCAACCGCCAGCAUCAAAGAUGUCCAACUCCAACUCCAACCCCAACCGCAUCAUCCCCCACAGCCGAAUCCUUGCACAUCCCAAACGAGUACUACCCCAACCCUCGCACGCCGACGGGCCCGCUCCUCUACGUCUACGGCCACCUCAACGCCAUCGGCACCUUGCAACUGCGCAAGCCCGGCGACAAGGACAAGAAACAUUUCUUGCCGGAGGAAGUGCGCAAGGAGUGUGUGGAGUUAGCCGUCUACGACAAUAGCAGGAGGGUUCCUGGUGCCGGUGGUAGGCCGGUUGCUGUCGCUAUACCCAUGGCUCCCAUCGCUAGGGCUCCGGACGGCAUGUCUCUGUCUUGGUACCGGCCGAAUCAACGUGACCUGUUGCUGCAGGAAAGGGAGAGGCAGCUUCGAAGACAGACGGUGGAGCUUGCGAGAGAGAAGGAGGAGCUGGAAAAGCAGAUGCAAGCGGAGAGACUAAGAGAUCGCGAGUAG